AUGGCUAACUACUUACAGCGCGAGAGGUCCCGUUCUCCACGUCGUCGUUCCCGUAGUCCCCGUCGCGGCCGUCGUUCCUAUUCACCUCGCAGUCGUUCACGCAGUCGUGACGACUAUCGUCGCAACGAUCGUCGAUCCAGAUCUCCUGUGAGUGGCGCAGCUGGCGCUCCUGGAGGACAUUCAGCCUCUGGUUACAGUGGACGUAACCCUUCUACUCGUUCUUACGAGGACCGUUCAUUCGCCAAAGAGCAAAUGAUGCAAGCAGUUCGCGAAUCUUCCCAACAGGACCGUCGGGUCUAUGUUGGGAAUUUGUCCUAUGAUGUCAAGUGGCAUCACCUUAAAGAUUUUAUGAGACAGGCUGGAGAGGUCCUCUUUGCCGAUGUCUUACUUCUUCCCAAUGGAAUGUCGAAGGUGGGCGUCAACGUGAUUGUGGAAUACGCAACGAGGGAGCAGGCUCAAAACGCUGUAGCGACUCUCAGUAACCAAAAUCUCAUGGGUAGGCUUGUUUACGUUCGCGAGGACCGUGAGGCAGAACCUCGUUUUACUGGUGCUCCUUCCCGUGGUGAUUUCGGUGGUCCAGGACGCGGAGGCUAUGGCGGAGGCUAUGGCUCUGGCUCCGGCGCUGGUGGCAGUCGACAAAUCUAUGUCUCCAACCUUCCUUUCAGCGUAGGCUGGCAAGAUCUGAAGGACCUGUUCCGUCAAGCUGCCCAGCAAGGUGCUGUUGUCCGCGCCGACGUGCACGUUGAUCCCAGCGGCCGCCCGAAAGGUUCUGGAAUUGUAGCAUUCGAGAGCGCAGACGAUGCGCGAAAUGCUAUUCAACAGUUCAAUGGGUAUGACUGGCAGGGUCGAACUCUUGAAGUCCGCGAAGACCGUUUUGCGGGAUUGGGCCCAGGGUUUUCUGGACGUGGUGGUUUUGGCGGUGUUGGUGGCCGCGGUGGAUAUGUAGGCGGUCGUGGGAGCUUUGGUGGUGGUCGCGGUGGUGGUUUUGGCGGCGGUUUUGGCGGGCGCGGGGGCGGAUUUGGAGGAAGCUAUGGUGGUGGCCCGGGUGGUGGGGCAGCGGACGGUGGUGCAUCAGUUCCUCCAAAUCCAUUUACGGAUUUCGCAACCUCUGGUGGAGAGAGGAGUGCCAUCAUAUUUGUCCGCAACCUCCCUUGGUCUACAUGCAAUGAGGAUCUGGUCGAUCUCUUUUCGACAAUUGGUAAAGUUGAGCGAGCUGAGAUCCAGUAUGAGCCCAACGGUCGCUCUAGGGGUACUGGGGUUGUCGAGUUCGAUUCAGUUGAAAAUGCCGAGACUGCUAUAAACAAGUUCACGGGCUACCAGUAUGGAGGCCGCCCUCUCGGUCUGACUUUCGUCAAGUACCUAAACAACGGCUCCUCGGAUGCCAUGGAGGGAACAGAGGCGACGGGUGGUCUUACCCAAGACCAGAUCAUGUAA